AAUUAUAUUCUAUUUCUAUAAUACAUCGGACAGUGCUAUAAUUUAAUGCGAUGGAUUCCACUAGCAUGAUUUGUGAAGAAUCUACUGCCACGAAAUCAUUGAAGAGAAAUAUAGCCAUGUAUUGCAUGAACGUGAUGAGGAAACGCACGAUCGAUGAACAGCUCGGUGAUUUAUCGGCAAUCAUGAAUUGUUCGUUGGAUCUGAUAAUUUUGUACCGUGAAACCGGAUUGGAAGUCAGUUACCGAAUUGGUUCGCAAAUCGCUUCGGUGAACGGUUUAGACGAAUCGACCUGCGUGCGCCAGUGCAAGCGAUAUGUUUUGCACAAGCUUCAGGUGUUCUGCGGCUACACCAAAAACGCGGUACAGACAUCGGACUGGCAAGCCCGAAGUGACAAGAGUCUCGAAUCGAGUAGUGAGUCGCAAGACGUUUACUCCGAGAUCGAAUUGUGCAAGGAACGAGUGGCUGGAAAAGCAACGAGGAAAGCGUUAGACGAGAAUAUCGUACUGGUCGACCCCGAGAUGGACAUUCCGAGUGAACUGUGCGACUAUAUGAAAAGUAAUAAAUUGCCACUGGUACUUACAAUCAGUUAUUUUCCAACGGAAUGGAAAAUGAUCUUCGAAUGCGGACCGUACGGCGCUUCAACCAAUGGUUCCGUAUACUCGACGUGCAUGCAGCA